AUGACGAAUCUAUCAAAUUUACCCGAUGAAAUUCUUUGUAAUAUAUUCGAAUAUUUAAGUUCAUUUGAUGCAAUUUAUUCUUUUAUUAAUCUCAAUAAACGUUUUAAUUGUUUAUUAAUAUCAUUUAAACAACAAAUUGAUUUAACAUAUUUAUCCUAUGAUCAAUUUCUAUAUUAUAUGAAAAAUAUUUUACCUAUAAUAAAUCAAGAUGAAUUAUUAUAUGUUUUAAAAUUAGGAAAUCAACGAACUCCAGGUCAAAUAGAAUUAUUUAAUAGUUUAAUAGAUGAUAAAAAUUGUCGAUCGUAUUUUAAUAAUAUUGAUCAAGUUAUUAUUGAAUCACCACGUUUAAAUGAAUUUAUUAAUUUUGUUAAUAAAUUUCUUUUAUCUUUAUCUGAAUUAAUAACACUUACAAUUAAAAUUGAUUAUGUAAAUGAUCCAGAUUUUCCAACAUGGACAAAAUUUCUUACUAAUACUAUUCUUCCAAUAGCAACUCUAAUUAAACUUUCAAUUGAAAUACCUAAUGGACUUGUUCUAUCUCGUUUACCAGAUUCCAUUAUGUUUCCUUCAUUAAUGGAUAUAACAUUAAAUGUUACACUUGUUACAGAUUUACUUAUUCUUAUACAAUCUACACCAAAUUUACGAAAUCUUUCAAUACGUAUCGGGUGGUGGACAAGUGGUGAUCAAACUUUAGUAAAAAUGAUUAAGAAAAUGUGUGAAGAUCAUAAUCGAACAUCAUAUUUAAUUCAUCUGAAAAAAUUUCAUUUAUCGAUUGAUUCAAUAUUAACAUUUCAAUUUGAACAUCUUGAACAAGUAUUAUAUAGAAUUAUGAAUAAUGAAACAACAUAUAAUUUUAAUUUUAUAUUACGAAAUGCUAUAAGUCGAAAUAAUGAAUUAGUAACACAAUUACUUGAUGGUAAACGAUGGGAAAAUUUAUUAUCAUCUUAUUCAUCAUUAAUUCAAUUUGAUUUAUUUAUUCGAAUAACUGAUUCAUUGAAACUUGAACAAGAAAAUUUUAAUAUGAAUUUAUUUCAAACAAAAUAUUUUCUUACAAAAAAAUGGCAGUUUUCUUAUUUUAAAUAUUCACGUAAUGAUAAUAUUAUAUUCUAUUCAAAUCCAUGUAAAAAUGAAGAAUUAUUCGAUAUAUCAAUUGAUAAUCUUGAAAUAGUAAAUCAUUUUCCUAUUAAUUAUAUAUCACAUUUAUUAAUUGAUCAAACAAAUACGAAAAAUUAUAAAUUUAAUUUAUCGAUAUUUGAUUUUAUAUUAAAUCAAUGUUUAAAUCUUCGACAAUUAACUCUUAUUCAUAUUGAUAUAAAUCUUUCUAUAAUUAAACCAUUCAAUAUUCCAUCAUUACAUACAUUACAAAUCGAAAAAAUUCGAAAUAUUAAUUUAUCUAAUGUACUUCAAUUGUUUCCUUUGAUAAAUACAUUAUUUCUAUCGUAUUUAACUAUCGAUGAUCAAAAUAGAUUGUCCAAUAUUCAUCGGUAUAAUCGAAUAAUUGAAUUAUCUUUAAUUGAUAUACCUUCAAAUUGUAUGGAUAAAGUUCAAUUAUUUUUAAAUCAAUUUCCUAAUUUAUAUUAUCUAUACAUGCAUAUAAGUAAUCAACGUAUGGAUGAUGAAUAUUUCUUAAGAAAUUUAAAAGAAAUUACUGAAAAAUUUCCUUCACUCAUUUAUUUGAAAUUAAAAUUAGAAAAAGAUAUCAAUUCAAUCGAUCUUUGGAAUGAAGUAUUCAAUAAUCGAAUGAAAAUGUAUUUGAAAGAAAAUGUUUUCGGUGGAGUACUUAAACAUUUAUGGUUUUAA